GCCGGACCGGGGGACGGUGGCGGCGGCGGGGCCGGAGGGGCCGGGGUCUGGGGUCUGCGGGUCCGGGGGGGCUGGGCCGGGGUCGCCAUGCGGCUGCUGCGGUGCCUGGCCAAGCGGGCGGCGCUGGCCGGCGUCCCCACCUACAUCGAGCACUUCAGCAAGUUCUCGCCCUCGCCGCUCUCCAUGAAGCAGUUCCUGGACUUCGGCUCCAGCAACGCCUGCGAGAAGACGUCGUUCACGUUCCUGCGGCAGGAGCUGCCGGUGCGCCUGGCCAACAUCAUGAAGGAGAUCAACCUGCUGCCGGACCGCGUCCUGCGCACGCCCUCGGUGCAGCUGGUGCAGAGCUGGUAUGUCCAGAGCCUGCUGGACAUCAUGGAGUUCCUGGACAGGGACCCUGAGGACCAGGCUGCCCUGGGACAGUUCACGGCCGCCCUGGUCACCAUCCGCAACCGGCACAACGACGUGGUGCCCACCAUGGCGCAGGGCGUGCUGGAGUACAAGGAGGCGUACGGGGACGACCCCGUAACCAACCAGAACAUCCAGUACUUCCUGGACCGCUUCUACCUGAGCCGCAUCUCCAUCCGCAUGCUGCUCAACCAGCACACACUGCUCUUCGAUGGCAGCACCAACCCCGCGCACCCCAAGCACAUUGGGAGCAUCGACCCCCACUGCAGCGUGGCUGACGUGGUGAGAGAUGCCUAUAACAUGUCCAAGCUCCUGUGCGACAAGUACUACAUGUGCUCGCCCGACCUGGAGAUCCAGGAGGUGAAUGCCGCCAGCCCCCAGCAGCCCAUCCGCAUCGUCUACGUCCCCUCGCAUCUCUACCACAUGCUGUUCGAGCUCUUCAAGAACGCCAUGCGAGCCACCGUGGAGAGCCACGAGAGCAGCCCCCGCCUGCCGCCCGUGCGCGUCAUGGUGGCCCUGGGCCAGGAGGACUUGGCCAUCAAGAUGAGUGACCGGGGCCUGGGCGUCCCCCUGCGGAAGAUCGACCGUCUGUUCAGCUACAUGUACUCCACCGCGCCCACCCCCCCGCUGGGCGACGGGGGGGCGCCCCUGGCCGGUUUUGGCUACGGGCUGCCCAUCUCCCGCCUCUACGCCCGGUACUUCCAGGGGGACCUGCAGCUCUUCUCCAUGGAGGGCUUUGGCACCGACGCGCUCAUCUACCUGAAGGCCCUGUCCACGGACUCGGUGGAGCGACUCCCCGUGUACAACAAGUCCGCGUGGCGGCACUACCAGGCCAGCCAGGACGGGGGGGACUGGUGCGUACCCAGCACCGAGCCCAAGAACGCCUCCACCUACCGCGUCCCGUAGGCCCCCCCGCGCCGGCAGCCCUGAGCCCCGGGGUCCCCGUGAGCACGGGGCGGUCCCUGCACCCCAGCUCUGCCUCUCGUGGCUGUUGGGGUCGCUGGGAAACGUGUGAGAUGUGGGGGGCCCAGCGCCCCCCGCCGUGGUUGCACUUAGGUAUGGAGCUGGGGGGGGUUGGAGCAGCGUGCAGGGGGAGCCCCUGUUGCCCCCCCGCCGCGGCACCCGCUCCGGAGGGUGCCCCCCGGGGCACUGCGGGUCUGGUCCUUGCACAGCGUGACCAGCAGCUUCCCUGCUCCUCCAGCCCCAACACGGGGGGGCACCAGGCCCGAGCCCCCCCAGCUCCCCACACUGUCCCUGGUGUUGCACUACUGAGCUGUUCCCACCCGUGUGCCCCCCACACCCGGGGUGGGCUCCCCACACUCCAACCCGCUCGGGAACCCCCUGCCCCCCCCCCACCCCCUCCCCCCGCUGUCAGUAAAUUGGAUGUCGACUGAG